UAAUCGUGUAAAAUUUAUCCUACGCAAAACCAUCUGUGGUGAAGUAAAGACUGCACGCUGAACGAGAGGAACUUACCCAGUUAAUCUAUUAUAGCACUCGUUAUAGUACGUAGAUCUAACUUCUUUAUUCAACCAUCAUGGAGCGCAUGCAUCGACCAUUAGUUCAUCACAAAAUCGCCACUAGAAUGUUACGAUACAAGCCUAACGCUAUUCUUGUGGGAUUAACAGGAGCAGGUAAAACGUCCUUGGCUAACAAGUUGUGCGGAACAAGCCAUGAUGCAGGUGCUGGAAGAGGAAGUGUAACCCAAAAUAAUUUCCGAAACAAUGUGUCCGUCGGUAUGAAUUCAUUUUGGUUAAUCGAUACACCAGGAACGGACAGCUCUAACGAUACCUAUAAACAUGCGUUUUUAUUGCGAAGAGCGCUAACAUCGGCUGCCAUCAACACGAUAUUCGUUAUUAUUAAGUUUGAAAACCGUUUUGAGAAAAUGAUCGACAUUUUAUAUUCACAACCCGUGCACCUAUUUAAAAAGAAAAUUGUCGUCAUGAUUUCGCACCUGGAUCUGUCGCGCAACGGCGAAAAGGACUUUACAGAGAUUUGUGACUUAUUCGCCGAGCAAUGUCCUGAUGUUGUGAAUAUAAUAUUUUAUUCCGAACAAGGUCAAGCAGAUCAGAUUGCCGAUUGCAUGUUUUCGUGUAUUUCUAAUAUGAACGCGGACAAGCUUGAAAUAUCGGACGAAGAUUUUCACCUAAAAUUUAAUACUGUCCAGGCCACACUUCAAAUCAGACGAUCAUUCAAUGGGUAUAAAUGUGCAGCUCUAAAACUUGCAGGAGAGUACACGUCUUACCUUCACAGUGACGAUUUGGAAAGUCAUGCAAACGACAAAGAUGACGUCUUGCAUAUGAUGAUAGUUAAGUUCAAAAACGAUCUUGAUGAUAUGUAUGACGAUUUCGUCAGAGAACAUGGUCAUAAUAUGACGGAGAUGAACUACUUCACGUUUUCAAUUAAGAUGCAGGGCGAAAACGUUAAAUUGUGCGACGAAUUUUCCAAUGCAGUCAUACCACUCAUGUCUUACAAUUUGUUUGACAAUCAAGAUCCCCGAAAUUUAAUUAAACAAUGUCCUCAUUGUAAUCUAAUUUGGUUCAAAACGGAAGGCUGCGAUGGACAAACCACGUGUGGUAAUCGUCAAUUUGAAAAUCCAACUGGCGGUUCACUAUUGAGUCGAUUUUACAAGUUCGUAAUGACUCGCGUUAAUGGUAAACUUAAAAUUGACAAACAGAAAAUUAAUGAGAAGACACCUGCACCAACUCAAUCAACCCGAGUACACUCUUCAAAUUACAUGGGUUGUAAUACUGCAUUUGUGUGGAGAGAUCUUCCAAAACUGGAUGAUGAACUGAUUCUAAGUUUGUACAAGGUGAAAACAAUGGAUGAGGCAAAGGAAAUCAUAAAAGCGGAACGUUUCAGUAGAAUCAGCAAAAUCUACGAAAGUUCAAUUGACUCUAGUUUUUACAGUUAGAUUAUUUUGCUAACUUUUGUAACAAUAAUUGUAUUGCUUGAAUUGAAUACAUAGCCCUGCCCGGCUUCAGGUUGAAAUA